AUGGCUCGUUCACCGAGCAAGACGGUCAAACAGCAGGACUACGCCGCUUUCAAAGGGGAACGAUACGAAACGAGACGUCCUAAGGAUUCAGAGAUCUUCAAAGGAGACGAAACAUCCGCCAACAAGACGGUCAAUCAGCAGGAAUUCGUUGUCAGCAAAAUAGAGCGUUCCGCCAGAGAAAGUCCGAAGGAUUCCGCUAUUUUGAAGGGAGACGGCAUGCUUACAAGGGAGACGAUCAACCACCAGGACUACAUGACUGGAAACGUGGCCCAAUCCGGAUCAGAGCUUCCAAGAGAUACUGCAGUAUUAAAUCAAGACAGCUCACGGUCGGACACCACAACGAAUGAGAAAGUCUUUGUAGCUAGCAGAAUAGAGCACUAUGAUAUCAGGCGUCCGAGGGCCUCUGACAUUUUGAGAAGAGAUGCAGGAUUAUACGACAUCAAGGGAGAACGAUACGAAGCCAAGCGUCCGAAGGACUCGGAUAUCAUGAGAGGAGAUGGCUCGUUCACCGAGCAGACGGUCAGCCAUGGAGACUACACGAACAUCAAGGGAGAACGGUACGAAGCCAAGCGUCCGAAGGACUCGGAUAUCAUGAGAGGAGAUGGCUCGUUCACCGAGCAGACGGUCAGCCAUGGAGACUACACGAACAUCAAGGGAGAAGCGGUGACGGCUCAUUCACCGAGCAAGACGGUCAGCCAUGGAGACUACACGAACAUCAAGGGAGAACGGUACGAAGCCAAGCGUCCGAAGGACUCGGAUAUCAUGAGAGGAGAUGGCUCGUUCACCGAGCAGACGGUCAGCCAUGGAGACUACACGAACAUCAAGGGAGAACGGUACGAAGCGAAGCGCCCGAAGGACUCGGAUAUCAUGAGAGGAGAUGGCUCGUUCACCGAGCAGACGGUCAGCCAUGGAGACUACACGAACAUCAAGGGAGAACGGUACGAAGCGAAGCACUACACGAACAUCAAGGGAGAACGGUACGAAGCGAAGCGCCCGAAGGACUCGGAUAUCAUGAGAGGAGAUGGCUCGUUCACCGAGCAGACGGUCAGCCAUGGAGACUACACGAACAUCAAGGGAGAACGGAUACGAAGCCAAGCGUCCGAAGGACUCGGAUAUCAUGAGAGGAGAUGGCUCGUUCACCGAGCAGACGGUCAGCCAUGGAGACUACACGAACAUCAAGGGAGAAGCGGUACGAAUACGAAGCUCCCCAAGGACUCGGAUAUAAUGAGAGGAGACGGCUCAUUCACCGAGCAGACGGUCAGCCAUGGAGACUACACGAACAUCAAGGGAGAACGGUACGAAGCCAAGCGCCCGAAGGACUCGGAUAUCAUGAGAGGAGAUGGCUCGUUCACCGAGCAGACGGUCAGCCAUGGAGACUACACGAACAUCAAGGGAGAACGGAUACGAAGCCAAGCGUCCGAAGGACUCGGAUAUCAUGAGAGGAGAUGGCUCGUUCACCGAGCAGACGGUCAGCCAUGGAGACUACACGAACAUCAAGGGAGAAGCGGUACGAAUACGAAGCUCCCCAAGGACUCGGAUAUAAUGAGAGGAGAUGGCUCAUUCACCGAGCAAGACGGUCAGCCAUGGAGACUACACGAACAUCAAGGGAGAACGGAUACGAAGCCAAGCGUCCGAAGGACUCGGAUAUCAUGA